AUGUCGACCAAGGCCCAGUACGAGACCCACACCUCCGACGGUGACCAGCGCAACGCCCCUGGCCCCAACCCCGAUGUCGGUAUGCACCAUGACGACAACCGAAAGGACCACGAGAAGGGCCAGCCGGAGUCACACCAGUCUCUCGACUCGAAGGACGAGAAGUCGCUCAAGAACAAGCUUGCCCAGGCCGGCAAGGAGGAAAAGGAGGCUCGUGAAGCCGAGCAGGCCAAGCAGCAGGAGAAGCCUACCGAUGCAGCAAGGAAGCAUGGUAACUCCCCUAGUCGUGGUGCCAAGGUUGAUGAGCAAAUUGAAGAAGAAGAACGCAAGAUGCUGGAAGCCAAGGGCAUCAAGACCUAA